UAAUUCUUUAUUUUUAUGCUUUGCAGUACAUUUUUAUACCUGAAAUUCCUGGUAGUGUGGGCACUUGUCCUCCUGGCAGAUUUUGUCCUGGAGUUCAGAUUUGAAUACCUGUGGCCAUUUUGGCUUUUCAUCAGGAGCGUCUAUGAUUCCUUCAGAUACCAGGGACUGGCCUUCUCAGUAUUUUUUGUUUGUGUAGCAUUCACAUCAAAUAUAAUAUGUCUGCUGUUCAUCCCCAUACAAUGGCUUUUUUUUGCUGCUAGCACAUAUGUAUGGGUUCAGUACGUAUGGCACACAGAAAGGGGAGUGUGUUUGCCCACAGUGUCCCUCUGGAUACUCUUUGUUUAUAUUGAAGCAGCAAUUAGAUUUAAAGAUCUCAAAAAUUUUCAUGUAGACCUUUGUCGUCCAUUUGCUGCUCACUGUAUUGGGUACCCUGUGGUGACUUUGGGCUUUGGCUUCAAAAGUUACGUAAGCUACAAAAUGCGGUUAAGGAAGCAGAAGGAAGUGCAAAAAGAGAACGAAUUUUACAUGCAGCUUCUUCAGCAAGCUCUCCCCCCAGAGCAACAGAUGCUGCAGAAGCAAGAAAAAGAGGCCGAGGAAGCAGCCAAAGGAUUGCCUGAUAUGGAUUCCUCGAUCCUUAUACACCACAACGGAGGUAUCCCAGCCAACAAAAAACUCUCCACAACUUUGCCAGAGAUAGAAUACCGAGAAAAAGGGAAAGAAAAGGACAAGGAUGCCAAAAAACACAACCUUGGAAUAAAUAACAACAAUAUUCUACAACCUGUAGACUCGAAAAUACAAGAAAUUGAGUAUAUGGAAAACCAUAUCAAUAGUAAAAGAUUAAAUAAUGAUCUUGUGGGAAGUACAGAAAAUCUCUUGAAAGAGGACUCAUGCACUGCUUCCUCAAAAAAUUACAAAAACGCCAGUGGAGUUGUGAACUCCUCACCUCGCAGUCAUAGCGCCACAAAUGGGAGCAUUCCUUCCUCAUCUAGUAAAAACGAGAAGAAGCAAAAAUGCACGAGCAAGAGCCCAAGUACACACAAGGACUUAAUGGAAAACUGUAUUCCUAAUAACCAGCUAAGCAAACCAGAUGCACUGGUAAGGCUGGAACAAGACAUUAAAAAGUUAAAGGCUGACCUGCAGGCCAGCAGACAAGUGGAACAGGAGCUGCGCAGUCAGAUCAGCUCCCUCUCCAGCACCGAGCGGGGCAUCCGCUCCGAAAUGGGCCAGCUCCGGCAGGAGAAUGAGCUGCUGCAGAACAAAUUACAUAAUGCUGUGCAAAUGAAGCAAAAAGACAAACAAAAUAUCAGCCAGUUGGAAAAAAAGCUAAAAGCUGAGCAGGAAGCCCGAAGCUUUGUAGAAAAGCAAUUAAUGGAGGAGAAAAAAAGGAAGAAGUUGGAAGAAGCUACUGCUGCCCGGGCUGUUGCAUUUGCUGCCGCGUCUAGGGGGGAGUGCACCGAAACCUUACGGAAUCGGAUCAGAGAAUUAGAAGCAGAGGGCAAGAAGCUCACGAUGGACAUGAAGGUGAAAGAAGACCAGAUCAGAGAACUAGAGCUGAAAGUUCAGGAGCUUCGGAAGUAUAAGGAAAAUGAGAAGGACACUGAGGUGUUAAUGUCAGCCCUCUCGGCCAUGCAAGAUAAAACACAGCACCUGGAGAACAGUCUGAGUGCAGAGACGAGAAUCAAGCUGGACCUGUUUUCUGCACUGGGGGAUGCAAAGCGACAGCUCGAGAUCGCCCAAGGACAAAUUCUUCAGAAAGACCAGGAAAUCAAGGACCUUAAACAGAAGAUAGCUGAAGUCAUGGCCGUCAUGCCCAGCAUAACGUACAGUGCCGCCACCAGCCCCCUGAGCCCCGUUUCCCCCCACUACUCUUCCAAAUUUGUGGAGACCAGCCCCUCUGGACUUGAUCCCAAUGCCUCUGUUUACCAGCCUCUGAAGAAAUGAAGACCAGCUGUGGGUUUUGCCCAACCAUUUGGUUACCAGAAGGCACCACAAAGGAGCGUCUCUGGCAGUCAAGAUAAAAAAAAAAAAAAAAAAAAAGUUUAUAUUGUAUUUUGUGGGACUGUAUAUGUUGUCGUUUUUAAAAGGGGGGGGGAAGAUAACAUCCAAGUCUGAUUAGAACUGCCCAUCAGUUUUUCUUGUAAAUUUUUAGAAGACCUCACAGAACUUUGCAGUUUAUUUUUCUCGGCCAAUACAUUAAAACCACUCUUGGAUUUCAAGUA